CAGCGGAGAGAUCUUCCAGUUCCCGAGCCGACAGCGCGGCUGCGUCACCACAGACGAGGCUUGAAAAUGAAAACAUUGUCCAAAACUCGAUCAAUGACUUUACUGCAUCCUCGGCAACGCUUCUCCAGCUCCACAUUUUUCCGCCAUUUUCCCAUCUGAAGUGUGUGUGGGAGGGAAAAAAAAAAGGCUUUCGCGAAGAAGACAAUUAAAAAAUAAAUAAAACGACUUCUCGCCAUUUAUGUUUUUUUAGGGGGGAAAAAAAAAGAUCAGUUUUGCAUAAAGAAACCCCCCGUUCGUCUGUUCUCCUGCAACCAUGGUGAAGUUGGGCAACAAUCUGUCUGACAAGAGCAAUGGGAAGGCUGCAGCCCCUGAAGAUGGGUUUGACACCAUCCCCCUUAUCACACCACUGGAUGUCAACCAGCUGCAGUUCCCGGCUCCUGACAAGGUUAUAGUUAAAACAAGGGCAGAGUACCAGCCAAGUCAAAAGAAAGGCAAGCUUCAGGCACCAAAAUUUGCUGAAUUUACCAUCAGCUUCACUGAUGGAGUUUCGGAACGGUUCAAGGUUACAGUUCUCAUUCUCUUUGCACUGGCAUUUCUCACAUGCAUCGUGUUCCUGGUAGUUUACAAAGCUUACAAGUACGAGCACAGCUGCCCAGAUGGAUUUGUCUUCAAGCAUAAUCACUGCAUUCCAGCUGGGUUGGAGACCUAUUACUCUGAGCAAGAUUCUGCAUCUCGGGGAAGAUUUUACACCGUCAUUAACCACUACAACCUGGCAAAACAGACCAUUUCACGCUCGGUUUCACCUUGGCUGGCUGCACUCUCUGAAGAGAAGGUGCUGGCGAAGGAAAGUGAAGGCGCUGGGAAAAAUGCAGAGUAAACUCCGAGAUUUAACCCUCGGUUCCUUGUAGAAACAAGUACGGGAACCAACUUUAGCUACUUAAUGUACAAGGCACUGACAUUAGUAAAUUAUGGAAGAGAACUUAUUAAUUUGAUCCAGCUUAGUUUUUCUUCCAUUCUUCUUCAUUCUGUUCAUGUUAUUUGUAAGUGUUAAUGAAAUUAUUUCCAUAGUGGCAUGCUUGUCUCAUUUGAUUAGUACAUUCAGCUAAGAUUGCUGUACUUUUAAUAAUCUCAGGUUGUGGAUGUGAAAGUAAAUCAGUAAGUAGACAAAGACCUGCUCCAUAUUCUGAUUCAGUGGAUAGAUCUUUUUAAAACCUAAUCACCUAUGUCCUUUUUUAAAAAGUAGAGUCAUCUCCAAAAAAAGAGAAACUAGUUUAGUGGUUAGUGAGUACUAUGGUCAUUUGGUAUGUUAGAACAGCAAGAUUAUCUUUCAAAUCUGCAGCAACAGUGAACUAUUGCUCAUGUUUAAUGUAAAACAAAAACGAAAAUUGAAUGUGGAAACAGCUGAAGUUUUUAUAUGAGAAACUAUUCUGUCUGACACAAUGAAGUUGAUGCCUCACUUUGCAUUUGAAAAUAAAUCUGUAGAAUAAAUGGAUUAUGGGUUAACAAAUUUGACAUUUGGGUCUCAGUCACACGCUUUGAUCUUAAAGUACAGCAGGCAGUUCUGCCACCCCAGUUUUAAGUGGGGCUAAAGUGAAAGUUGUAACACCUCAUUGACAUUGGCCAAGUAGAAGCCUCAGUUAAUCCACCGGGAUUUCUAAAGGCCACAACUCUGAAGUCGUAUACUUACUCUUCCGCUUCAACAGUCAUGAAAGGAAGAAAAAUACUUUGCCUCAUUUUUUAUGGUGGGCAGAGAGUAUACCAUCCAUCCCCUAUUUUGAUGGAAAUAAUUAUUUUAUGUAAAUACAAAUUAUUUAGAUUGACUCUUACCAUGCUUGGACUCCUCCUAAGCGGCUAUUUCUAAAAAUAAUGAGCGUACACUGAAUGCUUAGGAUUUUAACAGUAUUUAAAAGCUCCUCCUUCCCUGCAAUUGCACCCUCUUCCCAGAAUGAGAUUCAGCAGUUAGAAUUUAAUUACGCAUUUCUGUUGUCAUUAACAGAAGCCAAAUUUGUAUAUAAAAAGGACAUAUGAAACUUUAGCAUUUCUAAUGUCUGAUAAUUAUUUCAUAGAUGUUAAGUGAAGCCUGAUGUUUAUGAAACACAAUAACUGGGUAUUAAAAUAUUUAUUUGUCAUCAGAAUUUUUGCAUAAUGUUUUAUAAUUGACAUGGUUGUCAUUGUUCUCUUAUGUUUUAGAUAAUCCUGGAAACAUGACCUGGAUUUAAUUGUAUUUCCUUUGUUUUGCAUCUAUUGUUCGAUGCCCUUCAAAUUCAAGCGGGCAACCCCAAAUAGUUAUAUAGUUCCUUGAUUUUUAUAUUUUAAAUGUGCAGAAGCCAAUUUGUCACAUUUGCCGUCAGAUAAAGAGAUGCCAAAAUGCCAGGUGUGGACAGCUUGAGACUGAUUUCUUCAGAAUCACAUUGGAUGUUGAGGAAAAUACAUGGCAGAAAAAAGGAGGGGGGGGGGGGGGAAGAUGCAGACACAACAAAAUUAAAAUGAGUGCCAAAAUGUCAUGCUUUGUAAAACAUGUGCCAUACUUGUCAUAUAGUGUUUAUGGUGUUAAGUCCUGUUUGUACAGAGCUCCAUGUGUUUUAUACAUCUGAGCAAAUGUUGUAUUGGAUGUAAAAUGAUGCAAUGAGGGUAACUGAUACACUAUAUAAAACAAAUAAAGUGAAAUAAAAAUGA